GCCAGGAGUGACAUCACUUUCCAGAAGUCCCCUUCAGGUUUGAUCGGCGGAGAGCCACAGCGAAGCAGAGGCAAGAAAGAUAAAGGCGUUCGCUGCUAUCUGAAAUUCAGGAGCGUUUAAGCUGACUUUUAAACCAAAAAUUUAAAAGCAUGUCCCUGUACCCAUCACUCGAGGACCUUAAGGUCGACAAGGUCAUCAAGGCCCAGGCCCAGUUCGCCCAGACUACCACACCCAUGCCAGCCAUCACCGAGGGAACCUACCAGCCCCAGGCUGCCACUGCUGGGAUGCCAGGAUCAAGCCUGUACCCAAAUCUGGAGGAACUGGGAGACUACAUGGGGCUGGCCCUCAACAGCGAUGAAGUGCAGAAGAACUUGGCCCUGGUGCCUGUUGCUGACAAUCAAGUGGCACUGCCCCCUGGCUCAGGUGUCGGAGGGAUGGUGCGGCCAGUGACCGGAGCAGACAUCGGCAUCAGGAGGGCAGAAAUCCGCCCAGGACUGCGGGAGAUCAUCCUCUGCAAAGACCAGGACAAGAAGGUUGGACUCCGGCUCAGGGCCAUCGACAAUGGAGUGUUUGUCCAGCUGGUGCAGGCUAACUCCCCCGCUGCCCUGGCUGGGCUGCGCUUUGGGGACCAGGUCUUGCAGAUCAACGGGCAGAACUCUGCUGGAUGGAGUGCGGACAAGGCCCACAAGGCUCUGAAGGCUGCGUCUGAGACCCGCAUUGAGCUGGUGGUCAGGGACAGGCCAUUUCAGCGCACCGUCACCAUGCACAAAGAUAGCUCUGGUCACGUGGGCUUCAUCUACAAGAAUGGGAAAAUCACCUCAUUGGUCAAAGAUGGCUCUGCUGCCCGCAAUGGCGUGCUGACUGAACAUUACAUCUGUGAAAUCAACGGACAGAAUGUCAUCGGACUCAAGGAUUCUCAGAUCAAAGACAUCCUGACCACCUCUCCGACCACCAUGACCAUCACCAUCAUGCCCAAGUUUGUCUACGAGCACAUGGUUAAGAGGAUGUCCUCUGGCCUGAUGCGGUCAGCCAUGGAUCACUCUGUCCCAGAGGUGUGAGGACCAGGAAGAGGACUAGAGGAUGUCAAGAUGUCUACAGUGCAGAUUCUUUCUCUCUGUUUUCCUUAUGUCUUUUUCUCUAUUUCUGUCAUCAAACCAAACCUCCUCCUACAUCACAAUCACCAACCCUGCCCUUGCUCAUCUCUAACAUAAUCUUAAGAUGCCUUUUUUUUCCUAUUCUUUACCUUUUCUACAUUUCCCUCACCUGCUGACAUUAGUAUGUUUUAUAUGUUAACCUAGUACUCUGAUAUGUUUAUUUUUUUUCUUGUUUUGUAUUUGAGAUCAAGGACAGUAAAACAAAAAAAAAUGUUUUUUUUUAAAAAGCCAUGCAUACCAUCAUGAGUCCAGAGCUUCCUGCUCAGUGUGGAGAUGAGUCAUUCACCUUUUCAUAAUGCUGUAAAAGCUGACGGACAGCCAUCAGAGCUAACGUGUAAAUAAUCUGAGCUGAAUUAACACCUGCAGACUCAUAUGAAGAGGUGUGUUGUGGGUUCCAGUGUACAGUCAUUUUUACAUGGCCAGUGAAAGUGAUGGUGGUGUUUACUGUUCUUUCUUUUUCUUUCAACAUUAAAAAGAAUCCCAACAUUUCACCACCCAGGUCUGAGUAGCAGUUUCCGCUUUUUCCAAGAGAUGGCGACAUAUCCUUGUAACGCAUUUCCAGCCUCUGACAUUGAGUUUGCAGAUAGUGCGUGUGCACAUUCUGGGGAGCAAGUGUAAGGAAAGGGAGCAGCAGUACAUUAUCAUUAACCUAUGCAGCUGGGACUGUCCACAAACACUCUUUAAGAGCUAUGACAGAGUAAAAAAACAUGAGUUAGCAGGUGCCCAGCGCACCACAGGCUGCAGGAGUCCUGUGAGGCUUUGUGCUUCAAAGAAUCGAGGAAACAGUUGGUGUUUGUUUGGAGGGGUCGGCGCCAGGCGGACCCACUAAGUGCACUUUCCAUUAACCUUAUAAGAGGUCCUCUCUCCUAUAUCCAUUUCAAGUUCCAACAAUUUUUUUUCAUAAUUGUUGUGUUUGUGAUGCUUCAUGUUAACGAGAGAAAACUAAAAGCUUAAAUUUGAUGCUGAAAAAUCAAUCGGUCAAAUGAAAGCAUUUAAAUUACGCGUCAUGGGUUUAUCCAGUGAACUGCUGUCCUCUGCUAAGUUUUGUUAAAGGCCUAUCCUCUGUAAAAUUCCUUCCUUGACUGAUGAGCACAGCAAGACUCAGCAGAGCUCACAGUUGUGAAUUUCUACUUGUUAUAUAAAAUUUCUCCUUUUAAUGCUGUUCACGUUCGGAUGCAUGUAUUCCUUUAAUUUUCUAGGUAUGCAAUCUGAUUAAAAAACAAAACAAAAACGCUGUCAUUCUGUAAAAACAAACGCUAGAAAAAUCUAAAAGUUUAUAUACGAAUGUAACCAUGAUAAUGUUGUAAACAAAUAAAGUCUUUCUGCUCA